AUGUGGAGACAAGUCAAUGUCUUUGUUUACUGUACAGACUCUCAAUAUGGACUUUUCACAAUCAUGGAGGUACAAACCUUGCUUGAAAGGAUAGAAACUGGGGGGAAAGUCUGGAUAAUCACCGCUCUUGAGAACACAGUCUUGUUCUAUGAGACGGAAUCCUUCCGGUAUGCCCAUGGUUCUUUGUCCUUUGUAAUGAAGACCAAAACAAGGACAAAAAAGGACGACUCCAAACCAAUAUUCCCUUCUUUUUUGGCUCUUUGGCAAGAAGAAUUUGAAUGUUCAUAUUCCAAACAUGCCUUGUCUGUGAGAGGUUGGACAAGAUGCAGGGAGGCGGAGAAUGUGAUGAUCCAGCAGGAAUUUAUUGAACAGGUUCAUUCCCAAGAUAGCUAUGUUCAUUACUUCAGUAUCCUAGCCGUUGCUCAGGCCUUACAUGCAGCAUAUUCAUCCAGAUCAAAGCGGAUGUCACUGAUGGGUGGAGGAGACCUGUUGGGACUUCAAAAGAUUCAGCCAUGGCAGGUAUGUCCUUUUCCUUUCGCAAACUACUGUUCAUUGUCCCAGCUCUGGAAUCACCAUAUUAGGAACAUAGGAAGCUGCCUUAAAAUGAGUCAGACCAUUGGUCUCACAAGUAGCAUUGUCUGUAUUGGUCUAACAAGUAGCAUUGUCUAUAUUGACUGACUGACAGGGAAAGUGAAUUAUCCCAAAUGUUUUCAUGUUCUCUUAGUGCUGGAGUUUCCUCUGUCGUUGUAGCUUCAUCCAUUCUUGAAAGAAGUGCAUCUCUAUUCUAAUACUUCACCUGAUGGACAGUACUUGGAUGAGAAUGGGGCACUGGCUGUAGACUUCGAUAUUGUGAAUUGGGUGCUGUUUCCCAAUACCUCUCAUGGUAGAGUGAAGAUUGGGGAAGUAGAGAAACAGGCAUCCUCAGAGGUAAAGUUGACCAUCAACCGAGAAGCAAUUGUCUGGCCCCUGGCCUUUAACAAGGUAUGGAGAAAUGAUAUGUCAUUUUAUUACUUGUGACAUCUGCUAGGCUCUAAUAGCUUGUUGAAUUGCACAUAUGAGACUUUGACUGUGAUUUUACUGAUACAGUGGUACAUCGGUUUAUGAACUUAAUCCAUUCUGAUAGUCCGUUCUUAAACCAAAACUGUUCUUAAACCAAGGUGCGCUUUCCCUAAUGAGGCCUUCCGCCGCUGGUGCUCUUCCACUGUUCAAAUUCAUCCUUAGACCGAGGUAAAGCUAUGAAACCAGUUUUGUGGAGUUCAUACACCAAAUAGUUUGUAAACAGGACUGUUCUUAAACCGAGGUGCCACUGUACUUCCCUUGAGCAAAGUCACUGAGAUGAAUGGAACAGCCUCUUGAGUAUGUAUAAGAUUUCACAGUGAAUAGGAGACUUUCCUAAGCACAGUCAAAUAGCUUUCCCAAAUGUAAGGUCUUCCCAAUCUGUUCAGAAUAUCCAGAGGACAGCAUGUAUUUCCUGUAGGGACUGUCAGGAGUUCAGCCUACACUCGAGUAGGAUCCUGGUAGAGACACAUGCCCAACUGGCAUGUUCUCUCCCUCCUGGCCGAUCGUUUGGGAGCUUCAAAAGCUUUCUUCUGCCCGAACAUCACAGUGACCGAUGCCAACCAACACUGGCACACUUAGGGAUCUGCAGAGUUUGUGCAUUUCGCGUGACAGACCUCAGCAACUCAGCAUUUUGGCUAAUCUACUUUAUUUACAUAUAAAUACACAUGGAGCACUGCAACAUGGCUCCCUCUGUCUCUAGCAUCAGACAGCAAAGAGAAAAAGAACAAAGGACAAUAGUCCCAUUUCACGGAACACAGUAACACAGACAUCCUGUCUUCGUCACUUCCCACACUCUGGUGUCAAAACAUAUACUGUCAUGUGAUAGACAACAAUCCUAUGACUGAAAUCAAGUAGCAGGAAUUCUAACAGGGACACCCUGCACCCACCCACAAAUAUUAAUCAGAGCUGGCAAUUAUUAAUCACCUGCCAAAAUAGGGCCUAGGGUCACUUAUGGCCAUUGGAAGCAAAUACAUGUUUUCCACAAUCUUGCCAAAACACUGCGAUCUGUUUCCAAAAGCACAAAUGCUCCUAAUCGUUUCUCAUUGAUUCUCCUUCCUCAAUUUCUGCCUAGACCAUGCCUCAUUCAAGAUGCUCACAGAGCUGUCACCCUGGAUAUGUCAAGAAGAUUCAGGAAGGGAAGCCCCCCUGCUGCUAUGAUUGCACUCCCUGCUCAGAAGGGACCAUCUCCACUCAGGAAGGUAGGCCAAGACCUCAGAAAAAACCGUCUUACCUGGGAGGAUGGGGCAAAGGUUUGAGCCAACCUAAGCAUGAUGUUUGUAAUGGCAUCCCAUGAGUGGAAUGCCUCUCGGGAUUUUGGAAGUUCAAAGAGCAGCACUAGGAGGGAUAAGCAGUUUUAACCGGGGGAAAGCAUGUCCACCUCUUUGACCAAUGCACACAUGCAUCAGCUGAUGGUCAGUGAAAGUCUACAUUCCUUAAGCUCACAAUCAUGCCUUUGAGGCCCUACCCAUCACACAACUCAAAAAGUGGCAUCACCAAAUAGGGUGACCUGCUGAGCUAAGUUUAAUCCAGUGGCCAGAGGUUCUCAGCACCAGUUUACACUUAAUAGAAGCUCUUCUGAAAUAUCUCACAGGCCAAGCUUUUCUAGCCAUGCUCCACAUGAUCUAUUUUGGUGGAUGAGACCAUGGAUCGAGAUGUUUUUGCCAGUGAACUUUUGCUUCUCUCUUUCCCAACAAAACUGUGUUCUUUUUUUAUCUCUCCCAUAUGCCUACCUUCCCCAUAUGCCUAGCUUGGUUUACAACUGCUGUUAGGAUACUGAAGUCUCUUUUUCUCUCUGCAGAUACUGCCAAAUGCACCAAAUGUUCAAAAGAUCAGCAUCCAAAGAAAGACAAAAAUCAAUGUGUACCCAAAAUAAUCACCUUCCUGUCCUAUGAAGAACCUUUGGGGAGCAUCCUAGCUUCCUUUGCCAUCCUCAUAUCCUUAGCCACAGUUUUUGUGUUAGAAAUCUUUAUUAAAUACAAAGCAACUCCCAUAGUCAAAGCCAACAAUAGGGAUCUCUCCUACAUCCUCCUCAUCUCCCUCCUUCUCUCAUUUUUGUCCUCCUUCCUCUUCAUUGGCCAGCCAAGAAAAGGGACCUGCCUUUUGCGCCAAACAGCCUUUGGCAUCAUCUUCUCAGUUGCUGUCUCUUCCGUCUUGGCAAAAACCAUCACUGUGGUGCUGGCCUUCCUGGCCACUAAGCCAGGGAGCAGGGCGAGGAGAUGGCUGGGGAAGUGUUUGGCCCACUCCAUUGUCAUUUCCUGUUCCAGUGUGCAAGUUCUCAUCUGCACGAUCUGGCUGGGGACAUCUCCUCCUUUCCCUGACUCUGACAAGCACUCCCAACCUGGGGAGAUCAUCCUGCAAUGCAAUGAAGGGUCUGUGGCCAUGUUUUAUGGUUCCCUCAGCUACAUGGGCUUCCUGGCUGCCAUCUGCUUCACAGUGGCUUUCCUAGCCAGAAAGCUUCCAGGAUCCUUCAAUGAAGCCAAGCUGAUCACCUUCAGCAUGCUGGUCUUCUGCAGUGUUUGGGUGUCCUUUGUGCCCACUUACCUGAGCACCAAGGGGAAAUACAUGGUAGCCGUUCAGGUCUUCUCUAUCUUGGCCUCCAGUGCUGGGCUUCUAGGAUGCAUCUUCCUUCCCAAAUGCUACAUUAUUAUACUGAGGCCUGAUCUGAACAUGAGAAAGACCAGAAACAGCUAA